UCACGUAAGAGAGUCGAUUAUUGUUUAAUCUUCGGCCAUGGCUUCUAGAAUUUGGAAAUGGCACGUUAUAAAACCGGGUUUUGUCAUCGAUCCUUUAACGUUACUCUUCGAUAAAGUUGGUUACCAAAUUGGAAAGAACCCAGGAUACUUUAUCAUAGUCAUUUUUCUCGUUUAUGCCUUACUCGGAACUGGUUUACAAAGAAUUAAACUCGUAACCAACAUAGAAUACCUGUAUACACCCGAGGACAGCGAGACAUUUGUAGAUAGGAAGUUAAUUGAAAACAACUUUCCAAUGCAUCCUAGCAAUAAUUUUGAUUAUGGAAGAAAAACUAGAAUUGGAAGAUUAGCACUUGUUCACGUAAUGCCACUGAAAACAGAGUCGAUAUUGAAUGAAAAAGUAUUCCAAGAUGUCUUAAAAUUGGAUUAUUUCGUUAACAGUAUCGAGAUAACAGGCAUGGAUAAUGUAUGGACAUACAAGGAUCUAUGUGCCAAGAGCGAUAACUUGUGUUUCACGAAUGAUUAUCUAUUGUUAGGCAGAAUAAUUAAAGAUCUAGAAACUGGCAACAAGACAAUUAAGUAUCCUUUACAGAUAAACAGAAACUCAUUUAAUUACUACGCCUCUAAUCUUGGUGGAGUGAUUACUGCAAAGGACGGAUCGGUCAAGAGUGCGCGAAUGUUACGAUUGCUGUAUAUCCUAGAUGAUAGCUCAGAAAUAAAGGAUCAGUUAUCGAUUAUGUGGGAACAGAAAUUAAGUGAAGAGUUAAUGUCAUAUCGCAUGGAUAAUUACACCAUAACUUUUUGGACUACGAGUUGUCUAGAGAAGGAAUUACACGAAUUGACUUUAGAUGCAUUUCCUUUAUUUGUAGGGAACGUUAUAAUUGUCCUAGUAUUUACGGUUAUUACGAGUUUAAGUGCUGACUGGGUACGAAGUAAACCCUUAGUUGGUAUGUGUGGAGCACUGUCUUCCUGUAUAAGCACUGCGGCAGCUUUUGGUACCUUAAUCUAUUGUGGAAUACCGUACAUUGAUAUACAUCUGGCCAUACCAUUUCUUCUUUUGGGUAUAGGGAUGGAUGACACCUUCGUUAUGUUAGCAGCUUGGAGCAGAACAGAUACAGCCAAAUCAGUAGAAGAAAGAUUGAGCAAGACAUACUCAGAAGCGGCUGUUGCUGUAACCAUAACAUCCUUAACAAAUAUAUUAUCAUUUCUUGUAGGGAUCAUAACACCGUUUCCAUGCGUUUAUCUAUUCUGUUCCUACGCGGCUUGUUCGAUAUUCUUUAUGUACAUUUGCCAAAUUACAUUUUUUGGUGGAUGUCUGGCCAUAUCUGGUAAAGCCGAAGAGAAGAAUCUACACUCUGUUAUCUGUUUGCCCAUCAAACACAAAUCUCUAGCACAGGACAGGAAUAUUCUCUUCAGAUACUUUUGCACCGGAGGACCAAACCCCAACAACAGAAGAAGCCAAAACGAAACGACGAAAAAAGUUUUAGCAGCGGCGUUAUUUAGGGAUUACGUAGCACCCACUUUAGGUCUUAAACCAGUUAAAGCAAUUAUAAUUCUGUUAUAUAUUCUAUAUCUCGCCAUUGCAAUAUGGGGGUGCUGCGUAGUACACGAAGGUAUCGAGUUAGAACUACUGCACCCUUAUAGCUCUGUAGCGAUUAAGUUCCAUCAAGAAGAAAACCUGUAUUUUAAUAGGUACAAUGACAGGAUUCAAGUUGUCAUCAAUGAACCUCUAGAAUAUUGGAAACCUGAAGUCCAACAAGAAGUGGAACACGUUUUACAGAAAUUCGAAAAUGCCCCUCACAUUGCAGAUUCGUAUUUAACCGAAUCGUGGUUAAGAUAUUUUCUAAAAAUGGUCAAAGACGAAAGAAGUUCCACGUUGUUUUCUAAUUUCAACCUCACUAACAAAAUUGAUUUUUUAAUAGCAUUGCAAAGAAUAUUUUUAAAAGCUCCCGUAUUCAAAAUAUUCAAGAAUGAUAUAUUAUUCUCAAAAAAUAAAACUGAUAUCCUUUCUAGUAGAUUCAUUUUACAGGCGGAUGGUUUAGACAAUGUCGGACAGAAAACCGAAAUGUUUAAGGAUUUAAAGAGCAUUGCUGGAUCUUUUCCUUACGACGUAAGGGUAUACAACAAUUUAUUCCCUUUCUACGAUCAAUUUUUGAUAGUAUCUGUCACUUCUUUGAAGUCAAUAGGCACUGCUACACUCAUCAUGAUUUUUGUGUCAUUGCUCUUCUUGACUAAAAUCAGUUGCGUGGUUAUUGUCGUUAUAGCCGUAAUAUCUAUAGAAAUGGGGGUGGUCGGGUUUAUGUCCUUUUGGGGAGUCCAUUUGGAUACAGUAUCGAUGAUAAACUUGAUCAUGUGUAUCGGUUUUUCGGUAGAUUUUGUGGCACACAUAUCUCAUGCAUAUAUAUCCUGUCCAGAUAAUGAAAUCCCAAAUAAUAAGUUAAGAACGGCUCUAUACUCUGUUGGUUUACCCAUAUUGCAAGGUGGAAUCUCUUCUGCACUAGGGAUUAUGUUGCUGAUACUCAUUCCAGCUUAUACUUUUAUAGUUUUCGUGAAAGUCGUGUUUUUGGUAGUCAUUAUCUCGAUUUUGCACGCUUUGAUAAUGAUACCCGUUCUUUUCACUAUGUUCGACAGUUUAGGAAGGACUAAGAAUCAUUCCGUUAUCGAAGGUUCGGAAAAUGAACAAGCAUCAAACCAACAAGAGCAGAUGAAAAAAUCCGCCAUUAAAUUAGUCAGAAGUUUAUCAAAUACUGUCAUGCCCGUAAACUAUAUCAUGUUUGAGAACAUUAAUAACAGUAACAGAAUACUAAAAAGAAGGGUUUCUUCUCCAGCGACAUUGAAACUAAGUGUUAAAGAAUACACCAAUUCGGCCUUCAUGGGUGAUGUCAGUAACGAGAAGAUUAUCGACGAAGGUCUGGAAGAAGUCACGAAUUAAUACGCUUAACUGUAUUAAUUAAAAUGUACAAAUUUCACUCAUUUAUAAAUAAAAUUUUGUAAAUUAUCUCUGCUUUAAUAUACUUUUAAAUUUACACUGUAUUCUUGACAUUUAACCUGUUUCUCCAAAAUAACCGGUUGCAAAAUUAGAAUUUGGGUACAUUUCGUAAUAUUAUUGUACUCGUACAAUAAGUUAUGUUCGUGUCCCUUGUAUCGUAAGAUAGUUGAAAGUAAAAAUAUUUAUAAUUGGCGCGAUUAGAAAUUACUUGGUCAAUAUUAAAUCAACUGUACCUAUUUUAGGGGAGAUAGGACCACGAGAUAGUUCUGUAGUAAUUUUGCUACACGAGUUUUAUCAACUGUAAUAUUUCCUCUGUAUAUAAACGCUCUUUUCGAGGAAUGAAGAGCGUUUGCGUAAACAAAAGUGAAAUCUGUGUAGCCUGGAUGUUAAUCCUGUCACUCUAUCUUCUCUAAAAUAGGCACAGUACUGAUCAAUCUCUGUAGGAAAGAACUAAUGCAAAUUAUUAACAACAUUAAUCGUAAUUAAGUAUUAUUGUGUUAGGUUUGUUUUCCAAUAAAAUUAUUCAUCAAAUUCUUUUCGUGCAAUUUGUACAGUUCUUCACCAGCUUCUCAUAUUUCAAUUACUACCGAAUGCCACGCUUCACCUUGCAAAGAACAUGCAAACUACAUUCUCCAUUGUGAUGAAGACUGAAGUUUGCACGCUCUUUUCUCCAGUACCGUACUCCUACUGUAUAAGAAUUUGUCACUGUAUAUUCAGAAACCAGGCUGAAAUAUUAUAAUAAAUA